AUGGCCAAGAUGGGAACCAUUUUCAUUUUGCGUCUCAGCGGUCGAGGACAAUCUUGGACAAUGGCUGAUCAAAUGCAACUCUUGCAUGCGAGCUGGGCUUCCGUCCAUAUCUCCGACUUCACCUACGCAGCAGUUGUUGGUGCAAUACCUGCUAGCAUAAAGAUGAAUAACGGAAUAGAAGUUCCAUCUGGACUAGCGGCGGUCAUGGGCGAUUGUUCACUACUGACCUUGUGGACUGACAUAGUUCACCUCCUAGCUAGUCGCGGAUUCACAAGAGUUGACCUAGCAGCAUUCCGGUACUUAGCUCUGUUCCACGAAGAUGGAGAAAGUCGCGUAGAAAAUCGUGCACUGAUCCGAGCUGCCAGAGACUCGCUGAUUCGAUGCUGGGGCGAGUAUCGAGGAUCGGACGUGGCACUGUUACCUCAGUUUGCUGCCUUUCUACGAAUAAGGUCUGUACGUAUGCCGUCAUCACGAUGCCUAUCUACCUUUAAAAAGAUUUUUCGACGCCAAAACAUCGUACGGCUUCCGAUUUCGUCCUCGGACGGCGGGAAUGCGAGGUUUAUUUGAGA